AUGCUGUCUCCGGAGCAGAUCCAGGAAGUUCGCAAUAAAGUCUGGCUCGCUGACCAGGCCUUGGUUCAGCGCGACCACCAGGUGUUUUGCAAACGCAUCUGGGAUGCGACCGCCCAUGCGAUCAAGUGUGUCGCCCGGGAACGGGCGUGGCCCUGCGGUACCUUUGACGACAUCUGGAAAGCCGGACGCCGGCUGGCCGAGGAGUCUGACAACGAAUAUGGCUGGACGUCGGCGCUCGGAUGUGCUGAACUGCUUCGCACCAACGGUCGGGGUUUGGUUCAGGAACGGUACGAGAUCGAAGAAGACUGGGACAUCUCCACCAGUUUCAUCGAUCGUAUGUUGGGCUUCUCGGUGCGCGACGUAAAAUGACUGCUCCGGAUCGGGUCCAUCAGGCGAACGAAUUUGUUACUUUGGCGGGUCAGCUUUUCGGGGUUGGCAACACUAUGGCGGGCGCUGAAAUGCUGUACGGCGCCCUCACACA